CAUUCACAACAGAAGCAAAAUAGUUGACAAACGGAAGAUAUACAAAUCGCUUUGUUUGGUUCAAUAUUUUCGUGCACUAGUUAUGAUCAGAAAUGAGUAGACCCGUGAAAAGAGAAGUAUCCGCCGAGGAAAACUGUUUACAGAGUGCCGCUAAAGCUGACGAUGGCGUCCUUGAAGCGCGGUAUGAGUGCCCCAUCUGCUACUGCUGGCUGAACGAGCCCAUCCUCACGAAAUGUGGCCAUCGGUUCUGUCGGAAGUGCAUUACGGAUUGGUUGAAUGAGAAAAACUCCAACUGCCCGCUGGACAACGAGCCGCUCGACAUCAAGUGUGACAUUUUUCCGGACAACUGCACGCGCCGUGAGAUAUCGCAAAUCAAAAAGCCGUGCCCGAACUCGAUGCGUGGCUGCGGCGAGCAGCUUUCACCCACCGACAUCGAUACCCAUCUGCGGCAGUGUCCGUUCGCCAUGUCCCGGCAAAGUCAACCGUGCCCGUUUGCCCGGGUAAAGUGCAAGUUUGUUGCUCCGGAUGAAGCUGCGAUGAGCGCCCACAUUGCAUCAGACUGUCAGCAGCACUUACAGCUACUGCUCGAGACGUACACGGGAAGCAACGAUCGCUAUAAAUUUUGGGAUCCACCGGCCAAAAACAGUGUGCCGGAGAUGAGCACCAACGAGCUGGUUCGCUCGAUGUACGAACGCAUCGUCAUACUGGAGCAGGAGGUACACAUACUCGGCAUCAAGCUGUCGAAGCAGGAGAUUCAGCUGACCAAAAUCAACCAGGAGGUCGAUCCGCGGUACAGCGGGGGCGUGCUGCUCUGGAAACUGGACGAUUUCUCGAACAAAAUCGAGUCGAUGGUAGCAAACAGUAACUGUAUGUUUUACAGCAGCGAAGCGUACACCUCGUCGCACGGGUACAAGUUUUGCGCCCGCAUCAACGUGUCGCCACGCACGAAGGAUUCGAUCGGGCUGCACGUCCAUCUGAUGCAGUCGGAGAACGAUUACCAUCUCGAGUGGCCGUUCAAGGGACGCAUCAAGAUAACGCUGCUGAACGUACGGUCGCCGGAACUGUCGCAGCACGACACGAUCAUGUCGAAGCCGGAGAUACUUGCGUUCCACCGCCCAAACCAGGACAUCAGUCCGCGCGGGUUUGGGUUUUUGGAGUUUGCCAAAAUUAAGGACAUUUUGGCCAAAUUUGCCGACAAUAAUACGGUGGUGAUCAAGAUACAGAUGAACAUUGUGUAGGCGAUGCGACUGGAUGGAGUGGCCGCUAGAUACAUAUAUGUAUGUAUACACAUUCCAAACCCAUUACCUUAGGAGAGAAUUUGAUGCUCUCAUUCCCCAUUCGUAACCUGCCCCUCCCCCAAUACUGUGAGAAAACUGUGUCUGGUAAACCACCAAUUUUUGUCUAGCUAUUAUUCUUACGAUAUAUACAUGUCGACGGAAUAAUUGUGUAUUAUUCGUGCAUUGUCUUAGGUAAUAGUUGCUUUGCGUGUGUGGAAUGACAGACAGACCAGCUGGUAAAGUAGGGUUUAGGUUAUUGUGAGCAGCUCCAUGUGUAACCAUUAGCUCAAGUAAUUCAUACUUAACGGCCGUGCCAAAUGCAAUGUAAACAUGAACGGUAUUAUUAUACUGCCCCGAAUGCUCUUUUAAAGGAAUCUCACGGGUGAACAGUCGGUACUAUUUUAGCUUGUGUAACUUUUACGACCCUUACCCUAGUAGCGUUCUUUAUCGUCCUAUCUACAUUCCGUUCUGUUCCGAAAAUUACCAGCAAACAAUACACCACAAGUAAAACCAUUUGAAACAAACCAAAUUACACAAACACAAUGCCACGGAAACGUUGAAACACAAUGAUUCCAAAAGCUUUUUUGUUAACAAUUUUAGAUGUUAUAUACAAGAAUACAGGAAUUUUCGAACGUGAUAGAGAAAGGCAAUGAUGGUAAGCGAAAUAAAAGUGUACUCCAAACACCCAGUGGUAAUAAAAAUGAGACAACCAA